AUGACCGUUCGUAUCAAUACAUUGAGGAAGAAUACUUGCCCCUGGCGUUCCCAAGUCAGAGAGCCAAAAAGAUUCAAAACAUCUGUACUUACGAUGCUAGACCCAAAUGGACGUUCACUGAAUAUCCAGAGGCAAAAAAAGCUCAGUUAUAUCUUUAAUGCCCGUUUGCGCAAGAGUGUGCCACUGCCCUCUGAUGGACCUUGUCCGGGAGCGCCGCGACAGGCGACUGUCUCCUUACCCAUUGACGAGGAAGUUGUCCGAGUUCUUGUGAUUGCUGGAAGAGAUCUGGGAUACGAU